AUGGAGGCUGAAAUACAUGCUCUUGAACAUAAUAAAACUUGGUCACUCACUCAUCUCCCUCCCAGUAAAGCUGUCAUUGGUUGUAAGUGGGUCUAUCGCAUCAAGUACAAUGCUGAUGGGUCUGUUGAACGCUACAAAGCUAGGCUUGUGGCAAAAGGGUACUCCAAACUUGACGGUUUUGACUUUAUUGAAGUCUUUGCCCCGGUUACCAAACUCAUCACUGUUCGAACUGUACUUAGUAUUUCCGCUGCAAAGGGCUGGGCAACCCAUCAACUCGAUGUUUCCAAUGCUUUCCUUCACGGAAAAACUAUAUGA